AUGAUUCAUGAAUAUUUACUGAGAGUGAGUAGUGACAUUGAGUACCUGUAUGAAGUGCAUCGAAUCGAGUGCAUAAUAUCGUCACCAUUCGCCACCAACCGAUCGUGAUUCGUGAAAUAAACAGUUGACGUACAAGUUUUUAAGCACUUUGGCAAAAGUUUUGUGUGCAGUUGCAGUGAUUACCUACAACAUUCAAGUUCAACAUAAGUUACGAUGGGUCGCAAAAGUAAAAUUAAACAUAUAGAAAAGAACGGAUAUUCUAAAUUUGAACAGGUCCUUGUUAAAAAAGAAGAUAAGAAGUCAAAAAAGGGGAAGCCCGAAACGUCCAAGGGGCUGACGGAACAAACAGAAAAUCCCGGUCCUAGUAGGCCCGAUGAAAAUGAAAGCCUCAAGAAACCUGAUGGACUCGAGAAAUCCCAAUUAUCUAAAGUGACCGAAGUAUGUCAGGAGACGCCGGAAACAUCUAAGUUGCCCCAGAUAACCAAUAAUACUGAAAGGCCCGAGAUAAUCCAGGAAUCUGGGAAUCCCGAUAGACUUGAUAAAUAUGAUUGUCCUAAGAAGGUUAAUGGACUCGGAAAAUCUCAAGAACCCAAUGGACUCCAAGUUAAGAGUCAGAAGACGUCUGAAUUAACAAAAAAGCCCGUGCCGCCAAAGUGGCAACAGGAAAAAACAGAAGGGCCUGAGCAACCGCAAAAAUUUAAAUCUCAAGGGCCCAAUGAACUCCAAGUUAUGAGUCGGAAGAUGUCUGAAUCAAAUGCAGAACGGAAAAAAACAGAAAGGUCCGAGACACCGAAAAAAUUUGCAUCUCAAGAACCCGAUGAACUCCAAGCUACGAGUCAGAAGACGUCUGAGUUAACUAAACAGCCCGAGCCGCCAAAAGGGCAACGGGAUAAAACGGAAAAGACCGUGGAACCGCAAAAAUUUGAAUCCCAAGAGCCAGAUGGAUUCCAAGUCAAGAGUCAAAAGACGUCUCAAUUAGCUAAAAAGCCCGAGCCGCCAAAGGAGCAACGGGGAAAAACAGAAAAGCCCGAGGAAGCGCAAAAAUUUGAAUCCCAAGGGCCGGAUGGACUCCAAGUCAAGAGUCAGAAGACGUCUGAAUUAACAAAAAAGUCCGAGCUGCCAAAGGGACAACUUGAAAAAAUAGACAGGCCCGCGGAACCGCAGAAAUUUCAAACUCCCAGCAGACCUGAUGAAAAUGAAAACUACAAGAAGCCUGAUAGACUUGAAAGAUCCAAAAGGCCCGAAGAACCUCAAGCCAAGAGUCACGAUAGACCUGAGAUUCGCAAAAAUAUUGAAAAGCCAGAAAUACUCCAGAAAUCUGAAAAUAUCGAUAGGCUCGAUGAGCAUGAAGGCCCCAAAAAACCUGAUGAUUUCGUGAAACCUCAAAAGUCUGAAGAACUCCUAGUCAUGAGUGAGGAGACGUCUGAAACUCCUUGGAUAAUCGAGACACGAAGGGGGGCACGGAAAAAAACAAAAUGGCCAGAGCAACCCCAUAAAGAAAAUACCCACAGGCCUUAUGAAGGCAAUAGGCAGGUAAGACCUGAAAAAUAUAAGAGGCCCGAGGUGAUCAAGGAGUCUGAGAUACUUCAUAAAAAAGAAUGGGCAGAGAGACCUCAAAAAUUUGAAAGUCCUAAUGGAUCUGAUGAAUAUUAUAGACGCAAGAAGACAGAUGGACUGGAGAAAUCUCAAAGGCCCGAGGCAACCCAAAUCAACAGUCAGAAAGCGCCUGAAACAUCUUAUAGGCCUGAGACGUCAAAGGGGCAUCGGAAAAAUACAAAAUGGUCCGAGAGAUCCCAGAAAUUUGAAAGUCCCAUUAGACCCCGUGAACAUGAAAGUCAUAAGAAGCCUGAUGUCCUCGAGAAAUCUCAAAGGCCGGAAGGUCCCCAAAUCAUGAAUCUAGAAAGGCCUGAAACACCAAAAAGGCCCGAGACGCCAAAGGGACCACGGAAAAAUAAAAAAUGGCCAGAGAGACCCCAGAAAUUUGAAAGUCCCAAUAGAACUGAUCAAUAUGAUAUCACCGAAAAGCCUGAUAGACCUGAUAAUCCAAAAAUGCCUGAGACACAACAAAUAAUCGAUGCACCCCAAAAAGACGAAACUCUGGAUGAACCUGGAAGACUUGUUGAACCCGAAAUUCUCGUAAAAUCUCAGAAACUAGAUAAGUCGGAAAUCAGUAAGAAUCUCGAAGCCGAGGAACCCCAAAUAAUUGAGAUGGCCCCAACUGAAGAGGUAAUUAAGCAUCCCUUGGAGCACACGUGGGGCAUGUGGCUCAUCACCAACGACAAGCGCAACUGGGAAGACAAUCUGGUGAAGUUGACGACCUUCAGCUUUGUUGAAGAUUAUUGGUGCUUAUAUCACCAUAUGAAAACGCCUUCCGAGCUAGAACGUGGGAAGGACUUUGCAGUGUUUAAGGACGGGUUGCGACCGAUGUGGGAGGACGGCGCCAACCGGGACGGCGGCCGUUGGCUCAUCAACUUCGACAAGAAGCGAAGCGAGCCCUCCGAUCUCGAUGCCAUAUGGAUGUUUGUGAUAUUGCUGAUGAUCGGUGAAAAUUUCUGUGUUCCUAAUUCGAUUUGCGGGGCAGUAGUCAGUAUUCGAGCGAAAAAUAGAAUCGCCGUGUGGGUGCCAAGCUACAGAAACGAGCAGGCGAUCAAAGAUGUUGGGAACACGCUCCGAAACACGCUGGGUCUCCGCGGCAGACUGGCCUUCCAACAACACAACACUGCCUCAAGUAUAUUCAAUAUGUAGCUUAUAUUAUAAAUAAAAUUAAGAUAAUUUCAAAUUUUAGAUAACUAUAUCAUCACAUGUAUGUAUAGGUUAAUAGAUAUAAUUAUUUUGAGUUGGUAAAUUAAGUUAUCCCAAGAUUUAGAAGAUAUUUUUUAGUUUGAUAUUGUACGGGCAUAAUUUUUAUGAUGGGCAAUGUGAUUAAUGUGAACACUCAUUGAUUCUGUGGUGUUUUUUCACUUCCAGAAACACUUCCGUAGCAAAUGGACAUUUUACACGUCAUUUAGGUCGUCUUUCCUUCAAUUAUGUUAAGAAUAAUUAGGACUCAAUUAGCGUUUGUCUAAUCACACUUCCCGAUUCAUCACAUUGCCCGUAACAGAUAGUUCCUUUUUUUUCUUGAAAUUGUCACAAGUAAAAUAAUAUUUCAUAAUAUAUUAUGUUAUUUUUAGAGAUCAUUGUGAUAAGAUACAGAAACCCACUACGCCACCUUUCUCCACUCUUUAGUACGUAGUAACUUUAAAGUAUUCUUUGUAAACCACAUAUCUUUUUUAAGUUUUGUGACUUUUGUACUAUUAGAAUAGGUUUAGGUGCGUCCAAACAGUCCAGAUCAUGUAUUAAGUUAUAUAACUUUUGUAACAUAAUUCCUACGUCUAUAUUGUUUAACAAUGUAUGUACCAUGUGUCUUUAAAAAUAUUAAUAGCAAAAACUGUAAUUUAAGUAUUAAUAACAUGUUAUAUGAUUACUAGCUUGGACGCACCUUAAUAAAAUAUUCCAUUAAUAGUAAGAAUAAAAACUUUAUUUACCUAAUUCAUUAAACAUUUAAGAAGACAAAACACUGACUAGGUCUGUAUUUAAUACUAAUAGAAGAUACACAAAAGGACUUUAAACCAGAAUUCGGUGUUUAUGAAGCGAAGUUUCUUAACGGACGUUUGGGAUGAAGCCUGAUUCGCAAAAAGUAAAACGGACCAGCGAAUAUGGGGAUGAAAGGCUUCUCAUUGGCUGGGCAGCGCGUAUAUAUUAUGAGUGAAACAGGACAAGAUUUUAUAAAUUGUACGUAUAAGAAGCUUCACUUCUGUCAGGUGUAACGCUUGUUUCGCGGUUUUUUUUAAUGUUACUCUAAUUAUUAAAAAAUGACGUCUUGAAUUGAUUAAUCGCAGACACGUUUGCAAUAUUUCACCUGACAGCAUGUCAUGCCAAUGUGUUCUUACCAUUAUUGUUAUGUAAUACACACAUAUUAUUAGAGUGGGUCCAGAUUAUUAAACAUAAUAACAUAAAAAGUAUUUUGUUGUAUAACACGUCCUCAUUGUUUAAACUUGUUAUAAACAUUUGUUGUAUAAUGUUGUAUAACUUGAAUUGAAAUGUUAUAUAUAGUCUAAACGUAUCUUUGUAAUAUGAAUUUUUAAAUGUUGCCUUAAGUGUAGCUUCUGUACAUAGAUUAACUAGUUUACUUAUAAAAUAGUGCAUGUUCUGGAGCUAGUCUGGUUUCUGAUCUCUGUCUCCACUCGUUCCUCCACUCUGUGAACUGUCUCUUCGGUGGUGUCGAUUCCUUUGUGGACGUUUUCUACAACAAACCAAUAUAAUAGAAUAUGGCGUACACAGGGUUCCAAGCCAGGGUAUAGUCAUUAAUUAGAUAGGUUAUCAAAUUACUAUUUAAACAGGACAGUGAAAAGUAGAUAGAAAGGUAUUGAGUUUAACUUGAGUACGCAGUGUUUUCAGCUACAGGGUAAAUCUAAAAAUACUUGUAACCUUUUACAGAUAACUUCUUUAUAAUGUAAAUAACCAUAUUUUUUUUUGUUUUACGUAUGUUUACAAAAAAAAAAUUCUUAAUAAUACUAAAUAAUACCUAUAUUCACGAAAUAUUUUAUAAAGUUUUUGUAUUAAUAGGUACUGUCUAACACUUUUUAGCUCUGUAUUUUAUAGUAAAUAUUCCGUAGAGUUAGUAUCAUUCGGAGCAGCCAAUUUAUGUCUUUGUUAUAUUGUGAAUAUUUUUUUAAAUCAGAAUUAAUUAAAAAUCUUAGGAUUUUUAAUUAAUUCUGAUUUAAAAAAAUAUUCACAGUGAAAAAAGGUUGUUUAGUAUUAUGUGAAGAAGUUACCUGUUAGGGCCAGCGCAAACAGACAGAGUGGAGUUGAAUCCACUCCGUAUACUAAAUUAGAGGUUAUUACUAAGUUUAGAUUAACCCUGGUUGUGAACACAAAGCUGCCUAUGUAAGUACUUAGUUAAGUUUAAAUGUUCCUACUUAGAUCAUAUUACUAAAGUUUAAUACGAUGUCUAUAAUUUUGAUACCUAUGUUUACAAACACAGAUCUAUGAUUUAGUAUUCGUUUAUGUUUUGUUUGAUUGAUUUAUUGAUUUUAUAGAAAGAUUAUUAUUUAACUUUAAAGAUUGCGAAUUGUGAGAGGCCUUAAAUUGAAAUAGAAAUAAGUUUUCGUAAAAUAAAACAGAAUGAGCAUUA